UGUACUGUGAGAGAGCUUCUCGAUCAGUUCUGGUCCAGCGAGAGAGAUCCUCAGCUCUGCUCCUGCAAGAGAAAGACGAUGGCAGCGACGACGAUGAGAGGCCAGAGGAUGCCGGCGGCGCCGCCGUUCCCGGCAGCAGAGAAGAAGAACAAGCUCCGGAAGCCGUACACGAUCACGCGGCCGCGGGAGAGGUGGACCGACGAGGAGCACGAGCGUUUCCUCCACGCCCUCUACCUGUUCGGCCGCGACUGGAAGAUGAUCGAGGCAUUCGUGUCGACGAAGACGAGCGUGCAGAUCCGCAGCCACGCCCAGAAGCACUUCCUCAAGGCCCAGAAGAGCGGCCUCGGGGAGUGUCUCCCGCCGCCGCUCCACCCUCGCCCCAAAGCAUGGCCGGAUCGCGGGAGCGUUUCCCAGGACGAAGAAACCAUUGAACUCCCGUUGUCUCCCGACGACCUGCGCUUCGCCCAGGUCUACCGGUUCGUCGGCGACGUCUUCGCCGCCUCCCACGCGGCUGUCCCGGUGGAGGCGCACCUUCAGAGGCUGCAGCUGCACGGCGUGGAUCCCCUCGUCCUGGACACGAUCGUGCUGGUGCUACGGAAUCUGGAAGCGAACCUUUGUGCUUAGGACUUGCCGAUGGAGAGAACUGGAUGUACUAGCAGUUGUGGGGCUCUAGAGUUAACAUGCGGAAAACAAUUUCCUAGGAAAUAAUAGGUUUCUAGUUUCAUUGAAUUGAAUUGGUUCAUUUUAUGUAGAAAACUAAUUCUUUGUGUAAAAAAUGGCCAUGCUCCUGUAAAAAGGAAUCUGAAUUGGUGUAAACCAAACCUUUUGAGAA